AUGUCGCUCUCCAACGAAGCAUUGCACCAACUGCUGCGCGAGGUCGAGACGCAGGCCAUGGCGGCUCAGCAGCAGAUCUCGCUGGUGCGCACGCAGCAGGCGUCCAAGCAGCGCGAGAUGCGCAUGGCGGAGUUGACACGCACCGAGAUGUCGUCGCUACCAGCCGACACCAACGUCUACGAGGGCGUCGGCAAGAUGUUUGUGUCGCUGCCCGUGUCUGCCAUGAAGGGCAAGCUGGGGGCGCAGAUCAAGGAGGUCGAGGGCGAGGUCGACGGGCUGGGCAAGAGGCUGCACUACCUCGAAGUGUCGCAGAAGAACAACAAGGACACCAUCACGCGCCUGCUGGGGGGUAAUGGCUCCUGA